AUGGCAUACUUCCGACAGGGUGUUGCCCUUCAGUACCUUGGUCGCCAUGCCGAUGCCCUGGCUGCGUUCGCCUCGGGACUUGCCCAGGACCCCAAGAGCCUGCAGUUGCUGGUGGGCAUGGUGGAGGCCGCCAUGAAGUCACCGCUACGAGAGUCUCUGGAGCCUACCUAUCAGCAGCUGCAAAAAAUGAAGCUGGACAAGAGUCCUUUUGUGGUGGUGUCAGUGAUCGGCCAGGAGCUGCUGACCGCGAGCCACCACACUGCCUCUGUUGUGGUGCUGGAAGCCGCUCUGAAGAUUGGCACGUGCAGUCUCAAGCUCCGGGGGUCGGUCUUCUCAGCCCUCAGCAGUGCUCACUGGUCCCUGGGCAACACAGAGAAGAGCACUGGAUACAUGCAGCAAGACCUGGAAGUGGCCAAGACUUUAGGUGACCAAACAGGGGAAUGCCGCGCUCACGGAAAUCUGGGAUCGGCAUUCUUCUCCAAGGGAAACUACAGAGAAGCACUUACCAACCACCGCAACCAGCUGGUCCUGGCCAUGAAGCUCAAGGACAGAGAGGCUGCCUCUCUGGCGUUGAGCAGUUUGGGACAUGUAUACACCGCCAUCGGGGACUAUCCAAAUGCACUGGCCAGUCAUAAACAGUGUGUCCUACUGGCCAAGCAGUCCAAAGAUCAGCUUUCAGAGGCCCGCGAACUGGGAAACAUGGGAGCAGUCUAUAUUGCUAUGGGAGACUUUGACAACGCAGUACAAUGCCAUGAGCAGCACCUGGGCAUCGCUAAAUCGCUGGAGAAUAAACGUGAGGAAGCCCGGGCUUACAGUAACCUCGGCAGCGCCUACCACUAUCACAGGAACUUUGACAAGGCCAUGUCCUACCACACGCACGUGCUAGAGCUGGCACAAGAGCUAGAGGAGAAGUCCAUCGAGAUGAGAGCCUAUGCAGGACUAGGCCAUGCUGCUCGGUGUAUGCAAGAUUUGGAGAGAGCCAAACAGUACCACGAACAGCAACUAUCCAUUGCAGAGGGUUUGAAAGACCGGGCAGCAGAAGGACGAGCCUCCUCCAAUCUAGGCAUUAUCCACCAGAUGAAAGGGGACUAUGACACUGCACUGAAGCUACACAAAACACACCUGGCCAUUGUCCAGGAGUUAAAUGACUAUGCAGCUCAGGGCCGUGCCUAUGGGAACAUGGGAAACGCUUUCAACGCUCUGGGAGUGUUUGAUCAGGCCGUACGUUACCACCGGCAGGAGCUGCAGAUUUCUAUGGAAGUGAACGACCGGGCAUCGCAGGCAUCGACACAUGGAAACCUGGCUGUAGCUUACCAAGCCCUGGGAGCACACGACCGCGCCCUGCAACAUUACCAAAAUCACCUCAACAUUGCCCGAGAGCUCCGAGAUGUCCAGAGUGAAGCUCGAGCUCUUGGAAACUUAGGAAACUUUCACUGCUCCAGAGGGGAAUUUCCUCAAGCUGUGCCAUACUAUGAACAAUACCUCCGUCUGUCCCCUGACCUCCAAGAUAUGGAAAGUGAAGGGAAGGUUUGCCACAAUCUAGGUUAUGCUCACUAUUGUUUGGGCAACUACCAGGACGCUGUCAAAUACUACGAACAGGACCUAGCGCUGGCUAAAGAUCUCCAUGAUAAACUGAGCCAGGCCAAAGCUUAUUGCAACUUGGGGUUGGCAUUUAAGGCCCUGGGAGACUUCACAAAAGCAGAAGAGUGUCAGAGAUACCUGCUCUCUUUGGCUCAAUCCCUAAACAAUGCACAAGCUCGUUUCAGAGCUCUGGGGAACCUGGGAGACAUAUUUGUGUGCAAAAAAGACAUUGCGGGAGCUAUUCAGUUUUAUGAGCAGCAGCUUGCUUUAGCCCACCAGAUCAAAGAGCGUCGGAUGGAGGCCUGUGCAUAUGCUGCUUUGGGAGCUACUUACAGACUCGUGCAGAAGUACGACAAAGCUCUUGGCUACCACACCCAGGAGCUUGAAGUGUAUCAGGAGUUGGGUGAUGUGCCAGGCGAGUGCAAGGCCCACGGACACCUGGCAGCGGUCUACAUGGCUUUGGGGAAGUAUGCCAUGGCUUUCAAGAGCUACGAGGAGCAGUUGGAACUAGGCCGAAGACUGAAAGAUCCAGUUGUGGAGGCUCAGGUUUAUGGGAAUAUGGGUAUCACAAAAAUGAAUGUAGGUGUAAUGGAAGAGGCCAUUGGUUACUUGGAACAACAGCUGGCUACUUUACAACAGCUAAAUGGCAACGAAGCAGUAAUGGACCGAGGGAGAGCCUAUGGAAAUCUAGGUGAUUGUUAUGAAGCACUGGGAGACUUUGAGGAAGCAAUCAAGUACUAUGACCAAUAUCUGUCAGUGGCUCAAAGUCUGAACCGUAUGCAAGACCAAGAGAAAGCCUACAGGGGGCUGGGCAAUGGGCACAGGGCCAUGGGAAAUCUACAGCAGUCACUAGUUUGCUUUGAGAAAAGACUAGUCGUAGCUCAUGAGCUGGGAGAAUGUGGAGGCAAAGCCCAAGCCUAUGGAGAACUUGGAGCACUGCAUAGCCAGCUGGGAAAUUAUGAGCAGGCCAUCUCUUGUCUUGAGCGGCAGCUUGCUAUUGCACGUGAUACCCUGGAUCGGCUGCUGGAAGGAGAUGCCAGCUGUGGUUUGGGAGCUGUGUAUCAAGCAAUGGGAGAGUACGAGACAGCUCUUCAGUGCCACCAAAGUGACCUGGACAUAGCAGAGGAAACUGGGAGUCCGACCCGUCAGGCCCGGGCUUAUGGCAAUUUGGGACUUACAUACGAGUCUCUAGGAAACUACGAGCGCGCUGUUGUGUUUCAGGAACAACAUCUAAGUGUGGCUGCUCAGACUAAUGAUUUGGCAGCCAAAACCCUGGCCUACGGCAGCCUCGGCAGAACACAUCACGCACUGCAGAACUACUCCCAGGCUGUCAUGUACCUGCAGGAAGGCCUCCGACUCGCAGAACAGCUGGCUCGACGUGAAGAUGAGGCCAAGAUUCGCCAUCGUCUCGGACUCUCACUGUGGGCCAGUGGGAACCUGGAGGAGGCCCAACAUCAGCUUUACCGAGCAUCAGCACUCUUUGAGACGAUUCGCCACGAAGCUCAGCACAGCACAGACUACAAGCUGUCUCUGUUCGACCUGCAGACCUCUUGUUAUCAGGCACUCCAGAGGGUCCUUGUGAGCCUAGGACAUCACGACGAGGCGCUGGCUGUGGCAGAACGCGGCCGAACGCGAGCCUUUGCUGAUCUGUUGGUGGAAAGGCAGACCGGCCAGCAGGACAUGGACCCCUACACCCCAGUCACAGUGGAGCACAUCCUGGACACUGUGAACAGCCAGAGGGCCCUGGUGCUAUACUUCUCCAUGGCCGCCGGCUACCUGUACAGCUGGUUGCUAGCUCCAGGAGCAGGCAUCCUGAAGUUUCAUGAGGUGUACCUAGGGGAGGGCGUUUCGGAAGGAGGCUCUGAUUUCCAGGACGGAGGGGGCAGCGGCAUGGUCAGCGGGUCUUCACUGGAGCAGCACAUUGCAAGCGCUCGUGAGGCCCUUGGAGUUGAGUCCUACUACAGCAGAGGGUGUUCAAGCAGCGAGACCGAAAGUGAAGCCGGAGAUUUAUUGGACCAACAGUUUGAGGAGCUGAACAACAAACUUAAUUCUGUGACGGAUCCAACCGGCUUCCUCCGCAUGGUGUCCAGAAACAACUUAUUCAACAGAAGUUGCCAAAGUAUGACCAGCCUGUUCAGUAACACCAUGUCUCCUGCCAAAGAGGGCAGCUCGACCCUUUCACGUCGCUCUAGCAAUCUGAGCAAGCCUCCUCUCAGGGCACUUUAUGAUUUACUCAUCGCUCCCAUGGAGGGGGGUCUAAUGCACUCGAGUGGACCUGUUGGCAGACAUCGGCAGCUGGUGAUGGUGCUAGAGGGAGAGCUUUACCUCAUUCCCUUUGCUUUGCUCAAAGGAAGUUCUUCUAAUGAAUACCUAUAUGAGCGCUUUAGCCUUAUUGCUGUACCUUCUAUCCAUGGUCUUGGAACGAGCCUAAAGUCUCACUCCCGGCGUCUUGGAUCAGCUCCUUGUGGUGGUGUUUCCAUGGCUGCAGUAGUUGGAAACCCGCGGCUACCUUCACCUGUAAUGGAUCGCUGGUUGUGGGGCCCCAUGCCUUCUGCAGAAGAGGAGGCUCUAAUGGUAGCAGAGCUGUUGGGCUGCCAUCCACUGGCUGGUUCCUCCGCCACUAAAGAGAGGGUCAUGAGUUCUCUCUCCCAGGCUGAGUGUGCUCACUUUGCUACUCAUAUUUCCUGGAAGUUGGCAGCAUUGGUGCUAACCCCAAAUCCAGAAAGCGUUUCGUCUGGUGCGAGUGGGAACGUUGGGACGAUCGGUCGAGGAGCAGGCGGCAGUGGAGGCAGCAGUAGCAGAGGUAGAAAAGGCUCUGUUGGAAGUGGAUACACCAUACCAGAGUCUCUGCACAUGCAAGAUGACAACAGCGACGUGGAGAGUAUUUGUGAUAGUCCACCACUUCAAGAGUUCCUGCUUACAGCAGCAGACAUCUUAAACCUCAGACUUCCUGUCAAGCUGGUGGUGCUUGGGUCUUACCAGGAGUCCAGCUCUAAAGUGACAGCAGACGGUGUGGUCGGACUAACCAGAGCCUUCCUCGCUGCCGGAGCCCAGUGUGUCCUUGUCUCCUUGUGGCCUGUUCCUGUUGCUGCCUCUAAAGUUUUUGUCCAUGCUUUCUACACUGCCCUUCUUAAUGGGACCAAAGCUAGUGCUGCUCUGGCAGAUGCCAUGAAGACUGUCCAAAGUAGUAAACAGUACUCGCACCCCUCCAAUUGGGCAGGGUACAUGCUUAUUGGAAAUGAUGUAAAGCUCAACAGCCCCUCUUCUCUGAUUGGCCAAGCCUUAGCAGAGAUUCUGCAGUAUCCUGAGCGGGCACGAGAUGCUCUUAGAGUUUUGCUGCAUCUGGUUGAAAAAUCUCUUCAGAGGAUCCAGAAUGGCCAGCGCAACUCCAUGUACACUUCACAGCAGAGUGUGGAGAACAAGGUGGGGGGUGUCCCUGGGUGGCAGUCUCUGUUGACAGCUGUAGGCUUCCGUCUUGACUCAGCAGGCACCGGUUUCCCUGCAGCGGUCUUCUUCCCCACGGCUGACCCAGGAGACAGGCUCCAACAGUGCAGUAACACAUUACAGUCACUACUGGGCCUUCCUCCACCAGCCCUGCAGGCUUUGUGUAAACUCAUAACUGCAUCCGAAGCUGGAGAGCAGCUAAUUAACCGGCUCCACCAGGUGCUUGUUCAACUCCAGACUGGAGAAAAAGAGCAAGAUUUCUCCCUCUUACCAAUUCAAGUGUCCAUUAGUGUGCAGCUCUGGAGACUUCCUGGAUGCCAUGAAUUUCUUGCUGCUCUUGGAUUUGACUUAUGUGAGGUAGGCCAAGAAGAAGUCAUCUUAAAGACAGGCAAAUUAGCCAACCGCCGCACCCUGCACUUUGCGCUCCAAUCCCUGCUGGCUCUGUUUGACUCCACUGAAUUACCAAAGCGCUUGAGUUUGGACAGCUCAUCUUCCCUGGAGUCUCUAGCAUCAGCUCAGUCUGUCUCCAAUCCUUUGUUGGGAUAUUCCAGCCUACCGUUUUCCCCUAGCUUUAUGGACAGUCAGGCCUCAGAUGCCAUUUCUGUGUACAGUCUCAGCUCUGUUGCAUCUUCUAUGAGCUUUGCUUCUAAAUCAGAUUGUGACAUUCUUGCACAUCGACAGCGUGGUGGUGCCACAGCAUAUUAUUCUGCCCACAAGCAUCACGUCCCUCGAAGUCGCUCAUCUCCUCAUGGGGCAGCUGCCUCUGUAGCCGGCGCUCGAGGAGACGAGGAGGAGUACGAAGGAUUCUCAAUCAUCAGCAGUGAACCGCUGGGGAGCCACUGUGACUCCCUGCCAUUGCCCCCAGGACACAGCCAACGCCACAGAGGAGGCCGUGGGCUAAGUGCCUCAAGUGGGGCAGGGCGGGGCUAUACCGUGUCUGUGUCGUCCCGAGGUAGUGUCAGCACACCCACAUCCCCCGUCAAGACCAGCCUUGUCCCGAGCCCAAACUCUCCCUUCCAGAAGGUGGGAAAAGUGAACACCUCUGACACGGGGGAGUCAGACCAGUCCAGCACUGAGACCGACAGCACUGUCAAGUCUCAGGAAGAAAAGGCAGCCCCUUUGGAUCCUCAGGAACUAGCCCAGAAGAUUUUAGAGGAAACUCACACCCACCUGAGGGCAGUGGGGAGCCUCCAGCGUUCCAGGCCAGAGGGUGCUACAUCAGGAGUGAAUACGGUGCGCAGCAGCGCAUUCCGCUCCUCUGAAACUAGUGCUUUUAGUCGUCCAAACAGUAGUGCUAGCGGUCGUUCUCACUCUUCUCCUAGACCGAAACCCCCAUCUCGUUCCUCCUCACUACAGAAGAUAAGCUCUGGCUAUAAUAGUCCUGCAGUUUCUGAGUCAUCGCAGAAAGAGGGCUGUCAUUCUUCACCCACACUGGACAGUAUUGCACAACUAAAACUCAAAUAUCCAAGCUCCCCUUAUAGUGGUCACAUCUCUCGCUCCCCCAGCAACAUCUCUCCCUGUUCGGGUCACCAGUCUCCAGCUGAUAGUGCUCCAUCCCCAGCUCUGUCCUACUCCUCCACAGGGUCGGCAUGUUCAACCUCAGCUGAUGUUCCAGACUUGGACCGUCUUAGAAGAGGAGUCAUCGAUGAGAAAGUUCAGGCUAUACACAAUCUAAAGACCUUUUGGACAAAUGCCACAGGCCAGCAGCAGCAUCUAGGUCCACUCAGGGCUGUGCAUAGUGCAUCCGCCAGUAGAGAUGUACUGAACCUGCUAAACCUUUCCCCGCGCCACUGCUCACCCAACGAGACCUCCGACAGCCUGGAGCUGCGGGAGUUAGAGGGGAGCAACAGAAACUCUUCCAAUGGACAUUUUUCCAACCCUAGAAAAGUGUCCCCGUCUCCCACUAUUUCCACACGCAGCAGCCCUGGACCUCGCUCGUUUCGACUACCUGCUGGCAAUGGAUACAAGUUCCUGUCACCUGGUAGAUUUUUCCCUUCUUCUAAAUGCUGA